AUGGACGACGUUAUCGAAGAGCCAGACUCGAGCGACCCACUAUCGUCGCCGACGACUAUCAACUCGCUGCCCCUUGAACUCCUUCAGCAGAUCUUCCUUGUCAACAUGCCGGACGAGAUUCAUGUCGUUUACGACAACACACGCACACACUCAUGGAACGGCCGAUCACAGCUUUGCUGGACGCCAGGUCAUGUACUUGAAAUGCUCACGGUCUGCAAGCUCUGGACGCAGGCAAUCGGACCAUUGAUUCACAGAAGGGUGGAGGUCGUUGUGAGAACGCCAGAGAAAUACAAGCCCGAAGGCUGGCCUGCUGGUACAGAAGGUAGAGUCUUGCGAUGGGCAACCGGACGGGGGUUGACUGGAAACACCAGACCGUACGCUAAGACUGGUCAGAAUGUCGUGGAGGACUAUCUCAGGAGUCUGUCGUGGUCUGGACACGCAUUGUCGGAGGAAGAGAGGCGGCGUCUGAGAAGAGAAUGGUUGCGAUGA